GUUAUUUCACUAUUUACUUAAUUAUUUCAUAGUUUGAUGUGGCAGAACUUUAUGAAUUGAUUUCAUCUGUCAAAUUCACCCAUCAAAGUCAAGCGGGCGGGGCCUGUGGCACCUGAUUGGUUACCCACCGAACGGUUGAUUUCCUAGAAUUAGCUGGUUUUGAAUUAGCCCCGCCCACUGACUUUGACAGGUGAGUUUGACGGAUAAUAACAAAAUGCUGCAACAAAAAACAUGAAAUAAUUAAAUGUGUUGCUUACAUUAAAUUAAUUGCUAUUCUAAUUCAUUAUUGGCACAUUUAUAUUUUAGUGAUUUUUGGCACAUUCAUUUACUUAAUUAAUGUUGUAUUGAUUCAUUUUGAUUUGUCUUCUUUGUUGGCGCAGAGUAAGCCUUCCAUCAUUUCCCAUCAUCCCUUUGUUUGCACUCUCUUCCGCUACCUUACAGCCCCUCACACCCCCAACUUAACAUCAUAGGUGCAACAAUAUCAGAUCCAUCCAGACGUACAGUUCAGAUCCAGACUCCAGCCCAGACGAGGAAAACAAAGACGUCCAUGGAUGUAUUUGUCUGCAGGUAAAUGCAUUAGAAUGGGGGCGGAACAGGGAGAAAGUGGCCCCGCCCAGCGUAUUUUCUACUUAAUAAAACAAUCUUUUUUAUCUGCUCCUGAUUCACAACAUGUUAAAUAAAGAAAUUCUCAGAAAUGCAAUUUUGAGAUUAAUUGUCUUUCCUCCAUCACCAGAACAAUGAAAAAAGGACAAAAACACAAUUUUCAUCAGAGUGGGUCUUUAAAAGCUCUCUGAAUGUUGUUGUUUUUAGCUCCUUUGCUGUCCAGAUGUUUUGCAGCAGAGAAGCUAAAGUUCUGAACCUCCAGACCUGCUUCUACUUUCUAUUUCCAGGAAAUUUGGUUGGUGUUGGAUCACAGCAGUGAUCAGAUGCGCUCCUGUGAUCAUCAGAUGGUCAUAAACUCGUCUGGGGGGCUUCAUUGACCCCUCCCUGAGAGGCAUUUAACGGCCCAAAUGCGUCUUUGGAAACAUGGAAGGAGAAGAAAAGGCUCCCACUUUCCCUUUGAGAACUCCAUCAAUUAGCAUCACAAGCCGCGUUCACGUGUCCUACCGGCGUAAAAUCGCGCAUUUGCAAAGAAUGACAUGCGCGACAACAAAAGACUACACGGCGGGGAAAAAGGAGGCCGCAUUUCCACCAGAUGCCCGGCGGGACCCGAUGACGCGCUGCCCCCUCUUUGGCUGAGGCGAGACGGGUACUUUGUGCAGCGCCCUUGCGGGGGGCCCACGUGUCCUCACCUUUGAGGGGGGGGGGGUGCUAUUGUUCCCACGGGGCGAAUUGCAGCAGAUUUAAAUAACAUUUAAAUUUUAUGAGGGGGGGCUUGCUGCCUAUAAACGCGGACAGCGCCUGCGCGCACCGACAGCUGACAUGCAACCAGGUGAAGCCAAGGAGCCGCGCGCGCGCAGAACCGCGUUUUCCGUGGAGGACAUCCUGGAUCCAGACAAGUUCAGAGGGAGCCCGAGCUGUGGUGGAGCGGCUGCAGGAGCUCAUGCUCAUCAUGCCCGGGUCGACCCUGGACAGGUGCAGCCUCCCCCGGCAGGUGCAGGUGAGGGGAGGCUGCUGCCAGGGCCCCCCCUGAAGCCUCAGAGCCAGGCGGAGAGAAGCCGGCGGAUGCGCACCGCCUUCACGCUGGAGCAGCUGCAGAUCCUGGAGCACAGCUUCCAGAGGAGCCACUACCUGUCUGUGCUGGAGCGGCACACUAUCGCCUCGGCGCUCCACCUGUCCGAGACCCAGGUGAAGAUCUGGUUCCAGAACCGUCGCACCAAGUGGAAGAAGGAGAGUCUGCAGAGGAAGGAGACGGCGGGGCUCUGCGCGCCCCAGUCAUGCGCGCCGCUGUACUGCCAGAUGCGUUCUCCAGUCCAGCUGUUUGCGCCGCUGACGCCUUACCGCUAUUACGCAUGAAGGCGCGCGGAUGAACUGGCGCGCGGAAAGGACCUGGGUGAGCAGCAGAGACGAAAACCAGUGUGACUUUCAGGAGAAAUGCGGCUGCUGAAAGAAGAUGGAACUCAGGAUGUUAUAAUUUAUUUUUAUAAGGUAUAAAUAAAGUUGUGUUAUUGAACUUUUGUGAUGGUAAAAAUGAGGCAGAAAAAUCAAACCUGAAAAUGUUUUGUUGUAUAAAUUCCUAUAUUUUGUGACCGUUUUGAGUCCAGAACUGCUGUUUUCUUCUCUUUUGUUGAUCUUUUCUUUCUUGUUCUCUGUUUUCCUUUUGGUUUUUAUGACUCACAGUAAGAGCAGAAGUUUGAACAACACAAAACAAAAAAAAAAACAAAAAAAAAACAGCUCAGUGCCUGACUUGCAGAUAUGCCAAAAGGCUAUGUACAGAAUUCCAUGGAAGGAGGCUGGUUUACAAGCAUUUUACUACACAAACAUGCAUGAGGAUUGUUCAAAGGCCAUUUGAAAAAUGCAGCCAAUAUUUAGGAUAGAAUAAAACUUUCUUGAUCCCACAAGGAGGAAAUUGUAGCUCUAUUAAAAACAACAGCUAGAUAAUUAAUUAAACUAGAAAUUCACUUGAACAUAUGUAAAGAGCCCUAUAAAUACAUUUCCAAUAAAAGCCAAACAGAGCAUUUGAGGCAGAAAUGUGUUUUUUAUUUUUUCCAAUAGCAUCCUCAUUUAAGACCAAAGCCUGAAACCUAUUGUGACUUCCUGGAGUUCAGCUGAAUUUGGUAUAGCUGCAGAACUUUUGUGAACACGAAUAUGAAUAGUAAUUUAAUCAAUCACACAAUGCAGAAAUUGACAAGAACA